GACGUCACCGUGACGCACCGGACAUGCUGCUGGAGGAGGAGCUACGUUCUGUUCUACCAAGAUCAUUAAAGGGAUCAUGCUUUUUUCAGUGUGCUCCAACCCAAUGUUAUGGAAAACAAAUCGUACUGUGUGGAGAGCAUGGAGGUUAUGGAAGUUAAGCCUGCACUCUUCUACAGCUUGUGCAUCUUCUGGUCCUGGUCCCCUUGACAGAUCUGAAGAACUGUCUUCUGUUUUAAACCCAAAGCCUCCUCACACACCUGUUAUGCUUAAAGAGGUGCUUCAUUACUUAGACGUCCAGCCAGGUCAGGUGGUCCUGGACAUGACAUUUGGAGGUGGCGGUCAUACCAAAGAAAUACUGAAUAUGGUUCAUGAAGUCACAGUCCUGGCCUUAGACCGAGAUCCUACAGCCAUUGCUCUGGCCCAGCAGUUAGCCAAGGAACACUCCGGUCGUGUGAAACCAUUGCUUGGCCGAUUCAGCGAGCUUGAAGCCCUGCUGGCCAACAUGAACAUUAAGCCAGGCAGCAUUGAUGCUGUCCUGUUGGAUGCUGGCUGCUCCUCCAUGCAGAUGGAUGAGGCGCAGAGAGGCUUCUCCCUCAGUAAGGACGGGCCCUUGGACAUGAGAAUGGAUGGAGAGAGGUACCCCGACAUGCCCUGUGCUGCUGACGUUGUGGAUACCUUAGAUCAACAGGCGCUUGCGUCCAUCCUCACUGCAUAUGGGGAAGAAAGACACGCCAGGAAAAUAGCUUCAGCCAUUGUGAAGGCACGCCGUGUCAACCCCAUCACCCAGACACAGCAGCUGGCCAGCGUGGUGGCAGGAUCAUUUCCUGCAGCUGUUCUCUAUGCACGUAAAGACCGACUCCAAAGACCUGCACACGUGGCCACUAAGACCUUCCAAGCUCUGCGUAUCUUUGUGAACGAUGAGCUGAACGAACUACAUGCAGGGCUGCGUGCUGCCCGGUCGCUACUGACGCCUGGAGGACGUCUCUGCGUGAUCACCUUUCAUUCGCUAGAAGACAGACUGGUAAAACGCUUCCUCCAGGGAGAUGACUUGUCUAAUCUAGAUCAGUAUCACUUCAGCCCGAGGAAGCAAGGCGCUGGGAAGGGGAAACUGGUGGAUGAAAAAAUAGAUGGUGGAAGUGUUGAUUGGCUUCCUCUGCGAAGAAAAGUGAUCACCCCAGAAAAGGACGACGUAAAAGAGAAUCCUCGAGGACGCUCCGCUAAACUGAGGGCAGCACUCCGACGUUAAUUAUGUGACGACAAUUAUGAGAGGACAGAAAUUGUUUCUUUUUUCAUCAAAUCUUUUGAGCUUUUUUACAUCUAGAGUAACUGUUUUAAAUUGAUACUCAAAGCAAGUUAGGUGAAGGGUGUAGAUGCAGUUACACAUUAGCUCUCCACUUUAUAAUUUCUUCUUCAGAUGCUAUAUUUCUUUUUUUUCUUCUUGGCUGUAAAAGUAGGAUUUUAUUCUGCACAUGGGUACUCAGAGAACCUCACUAACUUGACCCAAUGAACACAAUCGGACUUGUGGGAAGCCAGUGAGGGUUGUCGUCCUUGACACUGCAUCAGUGGUUGGUUCGGGCACUGCACAGUGAUGGGUGAACUCUGGGUAAGAGAGACAAUGGAUUUCCACACAAUAUGCCCGAUGUGAACUUUGUGUUGUUAGCCUUCUGUUUUUUGUUUUUUCUCUCCCCCAAAUUGUACAAUACAAACACCUCUUGUUUGGUACAGCACUGUAAUGAUGACACUGCAUGUGAGUGAUGAAUUAAGACUUUAAUUUAUGUGUGUUAUUUUAAUCAAUGAGAUUUUCUUGCAUUGCCAAUGUUUGACAGCAUAUAAGGUGGUUAUUACAGCUCAAUAUUUCAACAUAUAUAAAAAACCCACCUUUUCUCAUUGACGUCUGUAUUUCUCCUGAACCUCCCUUGAUGAGUCGCUCAAGUGAAACCUCUACUGUACCAUAUGGAUCAGUAAUGCCACUAAAUACUGAAUGACGCAUGAAGUGUCAGAAGUGGUGCUGAAUGAGCCGGAUGGUUGUUCUUCAGCGUUCUCUUACCUUCGACUGUAAGCAGCUGAGGUGUUUUGAUCGUCACUAUUGGACUUUGACUAACUGUAAUUGCUCCAUCAAGAUUAUUAACACCUUUUUUCUUCUGUCUCAGUUUAGUGCACUCUAAAUAUACCCUUCUCGUUACCUUGGAAACUAAAUGGUGCAAGUAACAUUUAACUGUCUAAAAUUACGUUUUCAUCUGAUAUGAAAUGAUGUCAUGAUGUCAUGAGUUUGAAUGUCCCUCCCUUCUGACAUCAGUGGACGUGGACUACAUCAAGACAUUUAAUCUUUUAGAUACUUUGCUUCUUUAAUUUCACUAAACUCUUCUCUGGAUCUCACUGUUUACCAUUUAUGGUAAGAAAAUUAUACUACGCCUUCAUUUCACAUUGAUGUGUAAAGUAUCCGAACAAAACAAUAAAAAAGACAUGGGAGAGAU